AUGGCGUUCAACUUUAACUGGGCGCCACUGAGUGGUGAUCCCAAAUUCUACGAGCAGGCGGCAGAACUUCUUACCAAUGCUAUGAACAAGAAUCAGAAGCCACCUAUAAUCGUUGACGACAUCAUUGUGACCGAGCUUAACAUAGGGGAUGUGCCGCCUGAUUUGGAAGUGGUGGAAAUCUCAGACAUUGGUGUCGACAAGUUUCGUGGGACAUUCAAGAUGUCCUAUGCUGGAAAUGCGUUCAUCACCAUCAAGACACGAGUUCAGGCGAACCCUAUGAAUACCUAUCUGUCGACUAGAUCAGUAUACGCUCAGCCGAGACCUUUGGCUGCAGCAGCUGGCUUGACAAUACCUCUGCAAAUUACUCUCUCUGAUUUCCAAUUGUCAGCCAUCAUAAUCCUUGUCUUCUCGCGUCAAAAGGGACUUACGAUUGUCUUUCGAAACGACCCGCUCGACUCGUUGAAAGUUUCCUCCACCUUUGACUCGAUCCCUUUCGUUGCAGACCACCUUCAGCAGGUUAUUGAGAAGCAAUUACGGACCCUGUUCAUGGACGAGCUGCCUGCCAUCAUUCAUCGCAUGUCAUUACGGUUGUGGGUACCAGAACACAGGGCACAAGAAGAGCGCGCACUGAGGUCAGAAGAGGAGAAAGACGUAGACGAACCGGCAAUAGAUCCUUUGGCUAGCCCUCCACAAGAUCCAGUCGACUCUUCGGGCACAACCCUAAGUCCGGCUGAAAUUGCGUCUCUUUCUCUCAAUUCUCACAUAGAAACACAAUCCUUGUUCUCGAGAAAGAAUUUGCUUCGUCUUGCGACGCUCACGGAUUCGCACAGAACGCUAUCUCUGUUCACUCCAAAUAUACAGGAUGCCGUUUUUCGCGCUUGGACAGGUCCACUGGAAAGAGGAGAAUUGACAGGUUCACAUUCGAGGGCUACUACACCGGCUCUAUCAAGGGCGCAGUCGUACACCGGGCCGAUCACAACUUCUUACACCUUUGACAGCUCUUCUCAUGCACGUCCUACACUACAUGGUCAUCAUAGCUCGUUGUCUACUGCAACGCUUGGUGGUCGUGCACUCAAGCCGCACAGCAACCGGAAGAGGAAGAAGCGCGUCGUCAAUUUGAGGAAGUCAGCCGCUACUGGCGAGAUGGAGACUGUGGUUGAAGAUGGCUCAACCGUGACGGACAGCACUAGUGUGACAGGAAGCACAUCCGAAGCACCUUCUGUUUUCUCUGCGCCUCCACUAACUUCAACACUGGCAAGAAGUGCGGAUCCUGUUACACCUUCGCGAAGUCCUACAGACUCUCGGUACGGCCAUGAAGACAUGGAGUCACAGCAGCAACCGACGGAAAUAACUCCACAGACACGCAUCCGUCAACGACGUCCAUCACACAUCGACUUGAAUCUUCCCGGCGCGCAACAGACUGCUCAGCCUGCAAGAGGCCAAAAUUUGCACUCGGACGACACCAUCAGGGCGCGUCCAAGGCAGCGUAGGAUCGUGAACUUGAAUCGAACUGAGUCUGAGGACAAUACUCCAAGAGCUUCUAUGUUCUUGCCCGAGCAACAGCCAGGAGAGCACGAUGGAAUACACCAUUCCGAGCGCCAUCAGCAGCAAAGUCAGCCACAGCCUGGGGUCCGUCCUGGUUCACGACAUCAUUCCAUGCAUAUCGAGGAAGCUUUUCCUGAAAACUUGAAUAGUGCCUCAUCUGCAGACCAAUCAGAAAUACCUCCAGCACCCAAUUUCCUAUCUUUCAUCGCAGAUAGCUCAAGCUCUCAAAGCAUCGUUGAACGCGCAUGGAUGAUGAAGAUGGCUGCUGAAGUUGCUAGACGAUAUGAAGAUGAGCGGAGGAAGGGUAGUUUUGAGCUCCCGCAUACUUCUUCUGGUUCUGGAUUCGAGGACGAAAUGCCACCACCGGCUUAUGCAAAAUAG